ACCGUCUUUAACAACCACUAGCUCUCCCCUCAUGCAACAAGCAGCAAAAUAGCAAUCAAACCAUCAAAACAAAAGAAAACUUUAGGUUAUUGAGAAAGAAGCGGGAAAAAAAAAUGAAGAGUACUCUCUAUCUUUUAUUGCUUUUGUUAGCAACUCUUGAUAUAACAUUUUUAGUUAGCUCUGUUGUGGCUAGGAAGAGCAGUGUUACAAAGCAUAAUAAACAUAAAAAACACAAACAUUAUUGUCCAACCCCUACUCCACCAUCAACAAUGUCGUAUACUACUUUUAAUGUCCUCUCUUUCGGGGCCAAAGGCGAUGGAGCUACUGAUGAUUCCAAGGCAUUGCUAAAAGCAUGGGAAGCUGCAUGCAAAGUACAAGGGGCAACACUGGAAAUUCCUUCAGGAUAUAAGCUCUUUAUUAAGCCAAUAACCCUGCAAGGCCCUUGUAUGCCACAACUUGUUCUUCAGAUAAAUGGGAAUAUAAUAGCUCCUCCAAAAGUAAGUUCCUGGCCUAAAUCCGGUCUUUUUCAAUGGAUAAAUAUCAAAUGGGUGCAAAAUUUCACCAUCCAAGGCAAUGGAGUUGUGGAUGGCCAAGGUUCUGAGUGGUGGACUUCCUUCUCGUCCACUACAAAUAAGAAGAGAUAUCAACCUAGACGAGUUCCAAGCAUGAAACCAACCGCGUUAAGAUUCUAUGGCAGCAAUAACAUAAAAGUUCGUGAUAUAAUGAUAACAAAUAGUCCACUAUGCCAUCUAAAAUUCGAUAAUUCAGUAGGAGUUGAGGUCCAUAAUGUUACCAUUUCAUCUCCGGAAGAUAGUCCUAAUACAGAUGGUAUUCAUCUUCAAAACACUAGAGAUGUUCAAAUACAUCAUUCUACCAUAGGCUGUGGAGAUGAUUGUGUAUCCAUUCAAACUGGUUGCUCUAACAUUUAUGUACACCACAUUAACUGCGGUCCUGGUCAUGGUAUAAGUUUGGGAGGAUUAGGAAAGGAUAAAACCGUGGCUUGUGUUUCAGAUAUAGUCGUUGAGAACAUACUCAUGCAAAACACGCUAUUUGGAGUAAGGAUCAAGACAUGGCCGGGUGGUAUUGGAUCAGUGAAGAACAUAUCAUUUUCUGACAUACAAGUGAGGGAUGUGAAGGUCCCAGUAAUAAUCGACCAAUUCUACUGUGAAAAUGAUGUUCAUUGCAAAAAUCAAACAGGGGCAGUAGCAAUAUCAAAUGUUCAGUUUAACAAAAUAGUAGGGACUUAUUCAGCUCAACCUAUUCAUCUUGCUUGUAGCAAUGACAUUCCUUGCUCUCAUGUUGAUCUAAUGGACAUCCGAUUAACACCGUCGCCGAGAAAUCGAGGUCUUCAACAAGCAUUGUGUUGGAAUUCUUAUGGAAGAACAGAAGCUCCUUUGGUUCCUCAUAGCAUAGAUUAUUGUUUAAGGGAGAGUCAUAGAUUGGUUCGAAGGGUGCAAAGAUCAUAUGAUCACAGUAUGUGCCAGCUAGGGCACUAAACUCUAUUUUCUGCCCUUUUUCUUUGUUGUUUAGUUGUUUUAUUUCAAUCUGUAGGCUGUAAAUCUUCAUAUAUUGCUGCUUCAAUUUUAAGUUGAGAGUGUGUUCGUUCAACUUUAUGUUAGAUAUUUAAUACUCCAUCCGU